UAUAGGUACUGGGGGUUACACAAAAAAAAGCUGGAGAAACUCAGCGGGUGCAGCAGCAUCUAUGGAGCGAAGGAAAUAGGCAACGUUUCGGGCCGAAACCCUUCUUCAGGUACUGCUUUGUUUUGUGAGUCAUUAGAGAAAAUGGAACCUGUGGACAAGCAGAAACAGUUGAGGGCCGCUUUGGUGAAUAGGCUCAGCGAGGGCGUCAUUGGUGAUCUAGCGGAUGCAAUGCAGGAGGCAGAAGUGAUAAACAAAUCUGAAUAUGAAGAUAUUCGUCAAGAAAAUAAAACAACCAUAAACAAGGCUAGAUGUCUUAUUGGUAUUGUAUGGGGAAAGGGAUCUCGCGCCAUUGAAAAACUAAUUCAGAGUCUGAAUAAGACAGAUCCAGAGCUGUGCUACCAUCUGAACAUUUCCUCGAAGGAAAACAAACGUGUCCCAACCGCUCCACCAGCACCAGUGAUAGAAGAAUGGAAUACUCCGCGUCCAGAGCCACCCACUCCACCAGUGGUCCUCAGUCCUGGUGACUGGACGACUCCGUCUCCACAGUGGCAGAAUAAUGAGCUUUCUCAGAUGGCGGGCAGGCCAGCAGUGGGAUCGGGGUGGGCCGUGCCGCAGGAUCUAUACGGCGGAAUAAUCCCCACCAAACCCACCGUCACCCAUGGAGCUGCCGCACAGUCAUGCCGGCAGUUUGUUAAGACAAAUGUCUCCAUUCAGCCGCUAUUCAGCAUGGGCACAUCUGUACAAGGAGGAAAGACACCCCGGCGGGCAGCAGAGCAGAAAGAGUCCGGCAAGGGGAAGCCGGUGGGCCGCGGAGCCCCAAAGCAGAAGAGAGCCGGGGUCCGGGGUCCUAAAGAAGAAAGCCGGGGUCCUAAAGAAGAAAGCCUGGAGUCCCAAAGAAGAAAGCUGGAGUCCUAAAGA